AUGCGGCGUACGCAACACCAUGGUAUAGCGAAAACUUCUCGCCGAAAAUCCCCACUCCCUGAGUCCUCGGCGCUCGGCCAGACAUCUCGGUCCUGCAUCAUUUGUCACCGCCGAAAGGUUCGCUGUGACCGCAAAGAGCCUUGUUCUAAUUGCGUCCGGCACGGCUCCACAUGCCAAUAUCCAGAGACUUCGGCCCAGGAAGCUCCGAGGAAGCCGCCGUCCUUACAAGACGUGACUGAUCGAUUAGAAAGAGUGGAAGCACUCCUACUUGAGGUACUGAACAAGGAGAGAGUCAGUAUCCAAAAAUCGGUUCCUACAAAGGGUCUGGAUGAGGUUCCUCAAACAUCUGCCAAUCCACCUCCUGUCAGAAGGCCCUGGGAAACACUUGUCACAGAUGGGAAGAGGAUUCAAUAUGUGGACAACACAAAUUUACUGGACCUUUUUCAAGAUGAAGAUCGAAUCAAUCCGCCCGAAAUCCAGCCAUCUCAACGGGUCGCCUCAAAACGAGGUCGUACCCUGAACCUUACUGUAGGACUUCCAUCUGUCGUUACAGAUAACAACGGAGAUUGGCAUCAGUUUUACCCUGAUACCCAGCUGGCGUUGAUACUAUGGACGACGUACAUUGAGAAUGUAGAUCCCGUUCUCAAGAUCCUCCAUAUUCCCACCAUGCAAUCGGCCAUGAUUAAUGUGAUAUCUCGAUCACAGCCUCAUAGUUACUCUAUGAGCGCGCUAGCUUUUGCAGUGUACUUUGCUUCUGUGACCAGCUUAUCUGAAGACCAACUUCCACACUUGACAACAGAAGAUCGGGAAGAAAUGCUCCAGAAAUACAAAAAGGGGAUCAAUCAAGUUGUCACAGAGGGUCAACUGUUCAAUGAGCCAGAUUUGACCGUCCUCCAGGCUCUCGCCAUUUUUGCUACCAGUUUGCGAGUCCACGAUAACAGCCGGACCGUCUGGAUCCUGAUUGGAACCACAAUAAGGCUGGCGCAGUCGAUCGGAAUUCACAGAGAGGGGGCGUCCUUGCGGUUAAGCCCAUUUGAAAGCGAGAUUAGGCUUCGUCUUUGGUGGCAUCUUUGUUUACUAGAUUCCAGAGCACCUGAGGAUCACGGAUUUGCAAGGAUAGAGAGCUUCAACCACGACUUGAGGCUCCCUCUCAACAUCGAUGACAACCAGUUGUUUCCGGCAAUGCAGAAGCUUCCACAGGAUGCCGAGGGCUGGACAGAAACUAGCUUUGGCAUUAUGCAACUCGAGGUUGCUAGGCUACUGCACCAGGUGCUAGGGGAGAGAACGAGAAAUGUCGACAUUCUACAGGAGCUCGCGGAGAAGAGAAAGAUCAUUGACAGUCACAGCGCGUCGAUUGAAAAGAGAUUCUUCCCUAAAGGCAUCUGUUCUACACUACAAAAAGCAGCCUCGAGUCAUUAUUAUGCCGCCUCGUCAAAGAUGGUUUUCAUGCUUCAAGUAAGAGAGGAUCUCCACGUCAACAACCAUCGAGCAUGUCCUCGCGCGGUUCACCAAGGCCUCAGCGAAAAGCCCUUCAGAUCAGCCUGCGACACACUCAGGAAGGGAUGGUCUCUCGUGAGCGGCGAAAUUUCUCCCAAGUUUGUCUGGGUCUUCAAAGCUUAUACCCAGUGGUAUGCACUGGCCUAUGUUUUGAGAUAUUUGUGCGCAUUCCCUUCCAGGCCCGGGACAAAAGAAGCACGAGUCCUCGUUAACAAAACCUUUGGUACAAUAUCCAAUGGCUUACAUGACUAUAACUCCAGUAAAAGCAACAUUUGGAGAUGCUUGCUUUGGUUACAGCGCCAAGCAUCAGAAGCCGAAAUGAAUGCAGGAGGCACUUCGGCUGAUCAUCAAAACCAUACGACUGACAAUGAUAGCAUGGAAGGGGUGGCAGAUGUAUCUGUUUCUCAUGACCGGUCGGAAUCCUUGCUGCCAUCCCAUGUACCAAUACCAAGGCAUGACAAUAAGAGCUUCCCCGCAUCAGACGCAUUAGACAUGCCCAGAAUGCUAAAUCACCUGAUAGGGAUGUACCAAGACGCCGAAGUCGAAUGGCAAGAUGGAGAUUUUGCCUUUGGGAAUUCCAUUGCCCCAGAAAUGCUAUACUUGCCUGAGUGGAGUGAUAUUGUCAAUAGAGGGUUUGGAUGA